AUGAGCGACACGACCUUUAUCUCGACAUCAAUAACACCGGCGAGCUCUGCUGGAGAGUCUUCCACAAGUAAACUCAAACGGCAGUCAAUGAAUACUGUACCAUCCGGUUCACUGCCACGACCGCUUCAGCUGGGCUCCACGACCUCCUUUUCCUCCAACUCCCCGUCUCCGCGACCAUCCUCCUACGCUGCCGAGUCAACCACGCCCGUUACAGGGGCAUCUUCGCGGAACUCAGAUGGGCUUGCCUCCCCCUCGCCUCUCAGUCCAACCAUCACGAACCUCAAACGCGGCGCACAGAAACGCCAAUCAUCCAUAUCCUACAUCGCUUCCGGCUCGCCUUCCCAGUCGCAGUUCAGCCGUCAUGACACAAGUGAUGUGUCGUCCUUAAACUUGGCUCGGUCUCCGUUGUCCAGUGCGCAUACAACGACAUCUUUCUCGCCAAGAAGUCCCGGUUUGGGUCGAAGCAACUCGGUUGGUGGGGUAGGGAAGGGUUCAACCCCCUCAAGUCGAAUGGCGGGCGAAAGGUCGAGCACGGGUUCGCUACUGGCUACCGGGAAUGGCAAAGAGCCAGAACAGAAGGAGCGGCCACCUCUAACGCUAGCAGACAAACAUGCCGACCUCCUGCAUUUUAUCGCUCAGAAAGAGUCCAAAUGCCUCGAGCUGCGCUCGCAACUUGCUGCACAUGAAGCUGAGCUAGCCCAACUGAAACGCAAAUGGGAACGUAUUGUCAACCGUGGGUUUGAGAAAUCCCAAUCGCCCAGCUCUGUCGUACCCUCAUCGCCUUCGCCUACCCCUACUUCUCUCAAUGCUUCAGCUACCCCGCCCUCAACAAAUCAGUCCUAUGCAUCAUCCAAUGGUCCUCUACCAGGCGCAGUAGUUCUCGAAGGCAUUAAAGAAAGUGUCCAAGGAGUUAGCAGACUCAUUGCUGCUGGGCUUGAGUCGAUUGGAGGCACCACCGCUCCUUCCUCAGCGUACUCUGUGACAACGGAUGCAAGCUCAUCGACCAUCCGCGGUGCACCACUGCCACUCAGACUUGGCAGAAACAUCGCACCAGGGCACAUGCAGAAGGAUAGUCAAAGCUCGUCUACAUCCGUUUCAACAGCAACAUCCCGCUCGACGAACAGGUCGUCGUGGCUGAGUGCAUCAACCGCAUCGAGCUCCGCGACUUCAGGUACGGAUUUCAGCGAGAGCUGGGGGUCGUCGUCUGGGACCGACACGAACGCAAAUGUCGGCACUACAACCUCAAACAUGACCCGAACUGAAGCUACCGAGGAAGAGGAGAGCGAAUUCGGUGACUUUGAGGACGGUCAGGAGAGGGUGCAGGUGCUUAUGGUGAGAGAUACAGGUGCAACACCGACUAUGAGCCCGAACCCGGACUUCCAGCGGAGGCAGAAACGUGCGGCACGAAUUCGGAGUGUCAGCCCAAGUCCCGGGCCUGCAGCUACUCGGACAGAAACGAUGAGCCUCUCUGGAUUGGAGGUGUUGGCAGGGCAGUCAAGCGAAGCAGGCAGCUCUCAGGCAAACAGUACUAGUGUUAGUGCAGGCUUGAAGGAGGAAUUCGACUGGGACGAUGGCUGGGAUGAGCCUGUGUCUGAGGCACAAGCGAGCGAUUCUGCGCGGUCGGCUUCAGCGUCUGUCUAUGCAUCUACUUAUGCCUCAAGUUCUGCCGUGGCAGAGAGCACUGGCUCCGCCACGACUACCACUGCAAAUGGCAACGGCUUCGCUAGCCACCCCUCUCCCGGCUCAGGUGCGAAGUCUCCGCUGGCUGCAAUGUCAUCCAUUCCUGGCCUUGCAACGAUCAGCACAGUGGGCUCGUCAACAGUGGCUGCCCAGCAAAUGUCUUCGUGGGUGGGUAGCGUUGGCAAGAAGUGGGGUGAGAUUUCGCGGAGUUCAACGUUUACGAAGAACCAGAAACGAGCUUCACUCCUAAUUUCAGACAUGCAGCAAACCUUGGUAUCAGCGCUGAUAUCGCCGCCUGCACCCUCUUCUGGGCCACCCUCUGAAUCGUCUUACUCAAUAUCAUCCAACGACCCACAUCAUGCACCUAUGUCGUCUCCUUCCUCUUUCUCGUCCAACGCCUUUGAUUUCAUAGAACAAUCCACUUCAUCAUCGAACGUCCAGUCUCCAGCUCCCAAGCCCAAGCUACCUCUUACGCAGCCCCAGGGGAGAAGGGCGGUGUCCGCCAGGUCAACAUCGCUCCUGGAUGAGUCGGACGAUGAGAGCUUUGGCGGUCCAGUGGGUGAUCAGGACUCUACGGUUCGGAUGAGACUGGGCAUGGGUGCACCGGUGCUAGUACCCGUGUCGAUCAAAGCUCAACCCGCUACCACGCCAAAGACCAGGAAAGCUUCCAACGGUAGCGUCGCUGCAGUUAAGAAGAAGAAGCAGGAGGAGCCGGAGGAAGAAUGGAAUUGGUGA